CGGGCUACGACAGCUCGCCGCGUCUGCGCGUGACGUCACUGGCCGGCGCAGUCAGGAAGGAGCGCCUGGCGGCACACGUGGGUAGCGGCGCGGCGGGCGGGUACAUGGCGAGUUCCGCGGGGCUGGCGUUGUGCGGGAAGGCGCUGGUGGUGCGGGGUGGCAGCCGGUUCCUUGCCGCCUCCACUGCGAGCAGUGAUGAUGACAGCCUCUUCAUAUAUGAUUGCAGUACUGCAGAAAAGAAGUCACCAGAAAAUAAAGGGGAGGACGGCCGGCCCACGGAUCAGGGGAAUGACACAAUUCUGGUGUCCACCUUCUCCAAGUCUGGCAGCUAUUUUGCUUUAACUGAUGACAGUAAGCGUCUGAUUCUUUUCCGUACAAAACCAUGGCAAUGUCUGAGUGUCAGGACUGUGGUGAGGAGGUGCACAGCCCUGACCUUCACAGCCUCUGAGGAGAGGGUCUUGGUGGCCGACAAGUCUGGAGACGUCUACUCCUUCUCGGUGCUGGAGCCGCAUGGCAGUGGCAGGCUGGAGCUCGGCCACUUGUCCAUGCUGCUGGACGUGGCUGUGAGCCCUGAUGACCGCUUCGUGCUCACCGCCGACCGGGAUGAGAAGAUUCGGGUCAGCUGGGCUGCUGCGCCACACAGCAUCGAGGCCUUCUGUCUGGGGCACACGGAGUUUGUGAGCCGCAUCCUCGUGGUGCCCAGCCAUCCCGAGCUGCUGCUGUCCUCCUCAGGGGACUGCACCCUACGGCUCUGGGAGUACAGAAGUGGCCGCCAGCUGCAGUGCUGUGACCUGGCCAGCCUGCAGGAGCCAGUGGAGCCUCAGGGUCACAAGAGGUUUGCCGCAUCCAGGAUCACAUUCUGGGCCCAGGAGAGCUGUGUGGCACUUCUGUGUGACAGCGUCCCUGUGGUCUUCGUCUUCCAGCUUGAGGCCAGCAGACCGCAGCUGGUGUUCAGACAGCAGCUGACGUUUUCGCACCGGGUGUGGGAUAUCGCGCUCGAGGAGACCCGGGGGCUGUGGGUUCUGCAGGACUGCCACGAAAGCCCCCUGGAGCUCUGGAGGCCUGUGCAGGGCCGGUGGCAGUCUGUUCCUGAAGGUGCUGUGUUACAGAGGCUGUCCAGCCAUCUCCAUGGGCACUGGGCCAUGUUGGAAGGCUCUGCUGGUGCUGAAGAUGGCUUCCGUGGCCUCUACAAGGCCACCUUUGACAACAUGACCUCCUACCUGAAGAAGAAGGGAGAGAGACUGCAGCAGCAGCUGGAGAAGCAGCGGCGCCGGAAGAGCCCUCCACCAGGGCCCCCUGGACGGACCAAAAAGGCGCGCUCAGGGUCGACGGCUUGAGUCACUGACCCUGUGCUUGGUGGUGGCUCGCAACCUGAUGCAGUACAAGCUGCUCUUGGCCCAGCACCUCCCUUUAGAAGGAAGCGGGGUGACAGGUCCCAUCCGCUCAGUGGACAGUCUCCGGUCUCCAGGCUCUGGAUUGUUCUGCGUUGCUGAGUGCAGGCUCUUGCCUGGUGCCCAUUCCUUCUCCACGUGAUGGUCAGCUGAACCAGCCAUUCUCCACGAGCAUGGUGGAGUGCCUGUGAGCACUCUGUCUUUAUUUUGAAGGAAAUAUACCACCCGUGGUGCUGGCAGUA